GUCCGGGCCCAGGCGCGGCAGUAAGGCGGGCGAACUGCUGGGAUACCCGUUCUUCACCGCCCACCCGGAAGGGGAGCCUGGCUGGGGAGGACCCUGGAGACGCGCCUGGGGCCCGGGGGCCCGCGCCUCGACGGCUUGGCAGGGGUCUGUUAGCGAGUGUCACACCAUGGUAUGUGGCUGUUUUGGUCUAUGUCCGCCUAAUCUCUUGUCACUUCUGGUUUGAAACGUCGUCCUACUCAUUACCCGAUUACGCGCUUUUGCCAAGUUUCUGAUUAAAGAUUGACGUCCCUGCAUAAGCAUUUCCCUGUUAAAAUGUCCUUGCCUCUUACAGAGGAGCAGAGGAAAAAAAUUGAAGAGAACCGGCAAAAGGCUCUGGCCCGUAGAGCUGAGAAAUUAUUAGCAGAACAGCAUCAGAGCUCAGGCUCUGGCUCCUGCAUUGCCACCAACUCUUCCCAGUCCAGACAGGGCCUGCCCCCAAAUCUCCCCGGGGAUCCUUCUAAGCCAGUGAACCAUGGUGUCAUUUUCAUGCAGCAGAAUCUCAGUAGUUCAUCUAGUGAUGGCCAAAGACCUCAUCAUUGCCACAGUUUUCACCUGAGUGCUCCAGAGCAGACAGAGAGGACCUGGAAGAGGCAAGAUGAUGUGCCCGCAGCCUGCCCGAGCCACAGCUCAUCAGGUCAAAUGAUUCUCACGGGCAUCUCUCCUCCCUUGGCGCAGGAGGUCCCCGAUCAACAACUCUUGGGUUGUGCCUUAGGUCAAGGUCAUCUUCAGGCUUCCCACGAGGCCAGAUCCACGCCCUUUGCUAACCCAACUCCUGAGUCUUUGGCCAAAGCCAAGAGUUUCCAGAAGACACCAGCUUCUGCCUUUGGACAGCCACCCGGUGAUCCCAGGUUAGAGGCCAAGGCAGUGAGGCCCUCCACAUCGGGGCAGAACAUUGCUGGUGUCCACUGUGGCUCAGGGAGUGUGACACCCAGGACGGAAGGAAGACUUUCACAGAAAUUGGGGGCCGCAGCCACCCACAAAGCAGUAAGCUCCCAGAGGGGAACGUGCAUAAGGAGUGGGGAUCGUUUCCAGGUGAAGAUCGGGUACAAUGAAGAGCUCAUUGCGGUUUUUAAGAGCCUACCCAGCAGAAGUUAUGAUCCUGCCACCAAGACAUGGAACUUCAGCAUGACUGACUACGGUGCCCUGAUGAAAGCAGCCCAGAGGCUCCCCACGGUCACCCUGCAGCCUUUGGAAGGGGCCGGGCACAGCAGGGAGUCACCCUCUGCAGGUGGCACGGCCCAGUCCUGCCUGCCUUCAGCUCCCUCCCUGGCCUUUGUCAAAGGGCAAUGCGUGCUCAUCUCCCGGGCCCGCUUUGAGGCAGACAUCGGCUACUCUGAAGCUCUGGUUGCGCUAUUUAAGCAGAUGGAUUCCAGAAGUUACGAUGUCAAGACCAGGAAAUGGAACUUCCUCUUGGAAGAGCACAAUAAACUAAUCCAGAGGGUGCGCUGCCUUCCACAAGUUCAGCUGGAUCCUCUGCCCAAGACCCUCACCCUGGCGUUUGCAUCACAGCUAGAGAAGACGUCUCCCUGCCUCACACAACCCAUCCCCGAGGCUGACCUUUCUGGAGUGGACCCCAAGCUUGUGUCCAGUCUGCUUCCCUUCCAGAGAGCAGGAGUCAAUUUUGCAAUAGCGAAGAGAGGCCGCCUGCUGCUUGCUGACGACAUGGGCCUGGGGAAGACCAUCCAAGCCAUCUGCAUUGCGGCCUUUUACCAGAAGGAGUGGCCGCUCCUGGUGGUGGUACCAUCAUCUGUGCGCUUCACCUGGGAGCAGGCCUUCCUUCGGUGGCUGCCAUCUCUGAGCCCGGAGCGCGUCAAUGUCGUGGUGACCGGCAAGGACCGCCUGACAGCUGGCUUGGUCAACAUUGUCAGUUUUGACCUUCUGAGCAAGUUAGAAAAACAGCUAAAAACUCCUUUUAAAGUUGUCAUCAUCGAUGAGUCUCACUUCCUCAAGAAUAUAAAGACUGCCCGCUGCCGCGCAGCCAUGCCCCUCCUCAAGGUUGCGAAGAGAGUGAUCCUGCUAUCCGGCACACCAGCCAUGUCCCGGCCCGCAGAGCUCUACACCCAGAUCAUCGGGGUCAGGCCAACUUUCUUCCCUCAGUUUCAUGCUUUUGGACUUCGCUACUGUGAUGCCAAGCGGCAGCCCUGGGGAUGGGACUAUUCGGGCUCCUCCAACCUGGGCGAGCUGAAGCUCCUGCUGGAGGAAGCGGUCAUGCUGCGACGCCUCAAGUGUGAUGUCCUUGCUCAGCUCCCACCCAAGCAGCGCAAGAUGGUCAUCAUUGCCCCUGGCCGGAUCAGCACCAGGGCCAGAGCCGCCCUGGAUGCCGUGGCCAAGGAAAUGACCACAAUGGACAAAACUAAACAGCAGCAGAAAGAAGCUCUCCUUCUCUUCUUCAACAGAACAGCUGAAGCUAAAAUCCCAUCUGUCAUUGAAUAUAUCCUGGACCUCCUGGAAAGUGGAAGAGAGAAGUUUCUGGUGUUCGCACACCAUAAGGUAGUCCUGAGUGCAAUUACAAGAGAGCUUGAGAAAAAGCACGUGCCACACAUCCACAUCGACGGCUCCACCUCCUCGGCGGACCGAGAGGACCUGUGCCAGCAGUUCCAGCUGUUCGAGAAGCAUGCUGUGGCCGUGCUGUCCAUCACCGCUGCCAACAUGGGCCUCACCUUCACCUCGGCUGACCUGGUGGUGUUUGCUGAGCUCUUUUGGAAUCCAGGGGUGCUGCUUCAGGCUGAGGACCGGGUGCACCGAAUCGGACAGUCGAGCUCUGUGAGCAUCCACUACCUUGUGGCGAAAGGCACAGCUGAUGACUACCUAUGGCCCCUAAUUCAAGAGAAGAUUAAAGUUCUGGGUGAAGCCGGACUUUCUGAGACCAAUUUUUCAGAAAUGACAGCAGCUACUAAUUACUUCUACAAGGACCCAAAGCAGCAGAAGAUCUAUGACCUCUUCCAGCAGUCCUUCGAGGAAGACGGAAGCGACCUGGAGCUCCUGGAGGCCGCAGAAUCCUCUGACCCCAGAAGUGCUCCGGGUGUACCUGGAAAUGAUUCCCAGGACCUAGAAGACACGCCGGACGAGACCAUGGUGACUGGCAGCCCCGUGAAGAAAAGGAGAUUUGAGUUUUUUGAUAACUUUGACAGCUUUACCUUUCCCCUGUAAGAGGGGGAGGAAAAAGGCAUUUAAAAAUCAUGGAACUCGUUAACAUAAGGUGUUCGUUUCUACUUGCACCAUCCUCGACGUUGCAGCAGUGCUGGCGUCUGUUACCAGGCUGGGGGUCGGUGUUACCUCUCUGGCCUUUCUGCGCGGGUGUGCGGGGUCUUAACCUCGCCUUCUCUGGCUGAGGACUAGAGACAGCAGGCUGCAGUAGUGACAGUUGGGGCGCUUUAAGUACCAGAUGCUUCCCACGCAGCCUCUGAAAUCCGGAUUUUUAAAUUUGUGGGUUCAACAAAUAUUUAUAGAGCACCUGAUACGUGCCAGGCAGCGUUCUAGGUGCCGGCAGCCAUUCAUCAAACAAAAGAGAGAAGAAAGCUCGUACCUCUGCAGAAGUUCUAUCUGUAGGAGAAGUCAUAGUUACACAUCCUAAGAAGAAGAGAGCAGUUACGGAGGUAAGGGUUUGGAGCGGGAGGGGGCAAGCUUUUUCUGUAAAUAGGCAGGCAGUCGUAUCUGACUUUACGGGCCAGGUUGUCUGUGUAGGAAUGACUCGACUCUGUUGCUGUAGGGCAGAAACAACCGUAGGUAAUCCAGAAACAAAUGAUUAUGGCUCUUUUCCCAUAAAACUCUGUUACAGACACUAAAAUUCAAAUUCAUACAAUUUUCAUGUGUCACAAAACCUUAUUUUUUUGAUUCAUUUUGAGUCACUAAAACAUGUAAAAACUGCUUAGUCCACUGGCCGUCCGGAAGCAGGCAGUGGGCAGGAUUUGGCCUGAGAAGCAUGACUGGCUAACUCCUAGUUUAGAGCAGCACCACCCAGUAGAAAUCUGACACAAGCCACGGACAUGAUUUUAAUUUUCUAAAAGAGUGUUAAAAAAUGAAGGAUGGAAACUAGUAAUAUUUUCUUUAACUCAGUUUCUUCAAAAUACUCAGUUCAGCAUACAAUCACUAUUAAAAACUUCCUGAGAAACUUGCUAUUAUGUUCUCCCUUUUUUUCCUUCCCUGCUAAGUCUUUAAAACCCAGUGUGUAUUGAUGCUGACAGCACACCUCAAGUGCUUGUUUCAGGUGCACUUGUGGCUGGUGGCUCCUGUGUUGGGCAGCACGGGUCUAAAGAAUGGUGAGGGGUGAGGGGCAUCAUUAGAGGUGAUGUCACUGAAGAGACCGACAGAGGCCAGAUGAUGUGGACCCCUGAGGUCAUGUAAGGAAUGAUUUAAUUUUGAAUAUGAAGCUGCUGACUGGUUUUGACAGGGAUAUGAGGGAUAUAACAGGGAUAUGAGGCAACCUGAUUAUAUUUUUAAAAGAUCCCUCCAGGGGCACCUGGGUGGCUCAGGCGGUUAAGCGUCUGACUCUCGAUUUUGGCUCAGGUCGUGACCUCAAGGUCCUGAGAUCAAGCCUGUCAUUGGGCCCCACACUGGCGUGGAGUCCGCUUGAGAUUCUCCUUCUCCUUUAGCCCCUCCUGCCGUCGUUCAUGCUCUCUCUUUUUAAAAAAAAAAAACUUUAAAAAAUGAAUUUAAAAAUCCAAGACCACUCCCAUUCGUGUGUAGAAAAUAGAUCAGGAGGGGUGGUCGGGGGAAUAGUUUGAGAGGAGGCUGGUGAGCCAUUGCAGCUGACCAUGGGGUGAUGCUGGGGUGUGGCCCAGCGGAGCAGCAGUGUGAAGGAGGUGAGAAGCACUUGGAUUGGGUACGUGAUGAUUGUAGAGCUGAGUGAGUUUGAGAUGGAUUGACCAAGACGCAUUUGAGAAGAGGACAGAGGAGUCAAUACUUAGACCUAGGAUUUGAACUGAGCAAAGCUGUAGUGCCAUUGACUGAGAUACUAAAAAAAAAUAAUAAUAAAAAUGAAAAGAUGGGGAAGGGUAGAUGGGUUGGGCAUCAGGCCAAAAUCAAGGGUUUGGUUAUGGACUCGUUGGGUUGGAGAUGGAGGCAACCUGCCCAGCUCCCCCGUCAAGGACUUAAGCUUCCUGCCCAGCUUCAGGACGCAAAUAGCUUCUACUUGGUCACAUCUUCCAGUUGGUCUCAGUCCACAGGCUGUAGGAUUUGGGUCUCCAGCAGGAGAAGGUCACACCGAGAGCUGCGAAUUUUGCCCUCACCUGUUAUAAACGGUGUUUAUAGUCAUGGGGCUGGAGGAGCUUGAGCAGAUAAGGUGGUUUGGGGUGGGGAAGAAAGCUGAACGAACUGACCCCAGAGCACUCUACCAUUUAGGAUUGGGAAGAGAAAAAAGGAGACCAAACAGCAAAGGAAGAGAGGAAGAAAACCAAAAUGGGUGUCCAGGAGGGGGAUUUUUUAAAAAAAACUGUUUCAAAAAGGAAGGUGGUGCUGCUUUCUUGGUAUUGUCAAUAGACCAUGGGCCGGGUUUAAGCAAAGGUUUAGAGGUAGCCCAAUUUUCCUGGCAGCAGUGCAGCAUGUCUGCGUUCCAGCACGACUGUGUGUGCAUUUGUUUGUUAGACUUGGAUGGUUUUCACUCUUGUGCUGUUGACUAGGUGCCAGGCACCGGGCCAAACACUGUACAUGUACUGAUGCAGUGAGCCCCAUCUCGGAGGAAGGUAGGCAGGUUUUCAUUGUGCAGAUGUAGACCCCGAGCCAAGGGAGUCUGAGCUAGGAAGUGGACCUACUGCAGGACUACAGCCAGGCCACCGCUCCAGAGCCCACUCUAGGGUAGGUACACACUUCUACACCACGAGGCUCCGUGGUGCUUUGGCGGGUCUGUGAGCAGUUUAUUGCAUGCCCGCCUUCCUCAGGGGCUCGGCCCUGACUGUCACCCUGAGCUGGCUUCCCUGCAGGCUCCCAGCUAACUGUUCAAACCAGAACGAGACUCUGGAACGCAUUUGCUUGUGCCUUUCGGUCUCCUCUCUUGGACUUCUGGAUAGCUCCAACUGAGAGAGGAAUCUCUGAGAGCCACCUGGCCCCCUUCACUGCUCAGGAGCCGUCGGGCAUCCUGACAUCUUUGUAUGAUCUGGACCCAGGGGCCGUGUCCUGUAUGAGGCCUCGGCCUUGGGACAUAACCGGCUGACUCUCUGCCUUUCUCAGUCAAACCUGGCAUUUGGUUACUGAGCUUCCUAUUAAUCACUGUAUCGAUCUGCUGUGAGCUUCUCUGCAGGGUCGGAGCUCCUCAGGAAAUCCAGCCUGAACACCCACAUCUAAAGGGCAAGAGUUGCUUCUCCUGGCUUUCUGGAAAGGAUUGUGGAGAUGAGCAGCUGAGCCUGCAUUCCGCCAGUGUGCCCUGCCGUGAGGAGCUCUGCUGUGGUGCCACAUCUCCAUAACUAGGCCUUUGCUUUCCUCUAUUACCUCCUGAAACAAGAACAAGUGAUACCUAGAGAAAAUCCAGAGUCAAAGGCCUGAGAGAGAGUGCUCACCUGGGCCCUCCUCUAGGUCACCUGAAGUCAUCUUACACUGUCUUAUUACCUUCAGCUCUCUGUUUUAUUUUUAAAUUUUGUUAGCUGCACCGGUUUGUUUAUAAUAGUGACUAUGACUUGUCAGAAGCUUCCAGAGGACAAGUAGUUGGGUCCUUCUAAAGUUUACUCUAACUUUGUCCCAAACAGCCACUUAAAUAUUUGUCUAAGAGUAAUUAAGAGCAAUGGCUGCUGUGUCAUCAAGUAAGUUGUACCAAGUCCCCUCAGGAGUGGGUGCUCUGGAAAGCCAACUACAUCACUUGAUGGUUGCUGCCCUUGGAGUUCCAAAAUCAAUCUGCCCUUGGAGUUCCAAAAUGCUGACACAGCAAUCAGCAUAGAUCCGGAAAAGGACACAGUCGAUUGUGCACUGGGUGGCCUACUGGGAGGGGGCCCAACGGGGACAGAAUCGGGGACAGAAUCUGUAGGAAAAGAAAUGCUAAAAUCCUACCUCAACGUUACUCAUGAGGUUUUUGUAAUGAUUUUUUGCAAUCUUGGUGGCUCGUUCAUGGAAACAAUACAAUCACUUCAUUAGGGGAAAAUCUGUGGAAUGAGUUAAGGCCCAGGAAGCAGAAAGGUUUUGGAUCACCCUUAGAUGCUGAGAGAGGUAUAGAAAGGAGCAUCUCUUCCUCGCCUGCCCCAGAGCCUAUGCACAGCCUCUGCUCCCAUUGCUCAUAUCACGUGGCUUGAGAAGCAUUAGGAAGCCCUCUUCUGUGAGUCUGUGGACUUCUCCAGAGACUGCCACCUGCCUGUUGCUCAUGCAAAGGAGAUUGGGUACAGCUUUCUCAUGGGCUCCGCUGGACUUUGGUCAAGUUCUUUAGAGUCUCAGAGAAUGAGAUCGUAGCAUCUCAUUCCUUAACUUCUCUUCAUAGUUCCUCCUUACCCUAGGGAUAAUAAAGGAAAAUGUGCAAGUGAUUUUGAGACAUAUAUCCAGGGUUGCUUAGGAGACUCACGGACCAUUGUUAAGUUAAUAAAUCUCUGCUUUAUUUACUGCGUGGCCUGCCACACAGAGUGGCCCUUUCAGCAAGGUGUCAGAUCCAUGUCUGCCAUUGGGAGACUUUGCCCUUGGUCCUUGCGACUUGGUGUGCACAUUUGAUACCACAAUUCCUCUGUAGUCUUAGUAAAUAUGGCCUGUUGAACCUCCGUCUGAAGCCUCUGCUUAAACCUCACUUUCAGCUGCUUUGGAGAAAUACUCGCUCUCUCUGAGAUGUCCUUGAGGGCCUCCAAAGCAAAUUUUAUUUAUACCACGAAGCCUGUAUAUGCCAGGUUAUACCAUCCCAAAUAUACCUCUAGAAUUUGUUGAGAACCACCCAACCAUUUCUGUGUGAUUCUGAGAAGACCCUGGGACUUACUUAUCAAGAGUGAAUGCCUUUGGGCUUAAGGAAGGAUUUCUGCACUAACUCCUUUUCCUUCUUUUCUUCAUAUCUCAGUCCAGACACACACCUGCCACCAUCCAGUGUAUUUUCUGGGAAUCUGGGCCUAUCUCAUCCCACUUCGGUCCCCGCCGUCACCAGGGUCAUCGUUCCCUGAAUGACCCUGGUUAAUUCCUGCCUCUAGGGCUGGCACCAGGAAGACUCCUAGAGGGAACAGUGAUCCUGUUAGCCUUGAUCCAUUUGUACUUGAAUUAAUCAUGUCUUUUCCUUCUUGGCUUCCCACAAGCCUUUUUCUAGGUCAGAGGGAGAGCUAAGAAACAGAGCUGGCGGUGCCGUCUCCUCACUGCUGGCUCUUAGGUUUUGCCUCGUCUGUGCAUUCUUGCCUAUUGGAACCCUGAUGCUUGCUUGCUCUCUUUCUCUCUCUCUCUCUUUCUUCCUAAGACUGUAUUUACUUAGAGAGCACGAGCAAGUGGAGGGGCAGAGGGAGAAGCAGACUCCCCACUGAGCCAGGACCCUGGAUCACGACCUGAGCCACCCAGAUGCCCCAGAACUUUGAUGCUCUCUAAAGCUUUUUUUAGGUGAAAUUUAAACUGCAAAAGGGAUGAAAAGAAGUCGCACCUUAUUUCCUGCUUUAUCCUCUCACUUCUUACUGUGUGGAGGAUUACAAGGUUAAAAAAAAAAAUGGCAUGGAAGCUUAAAGAGAAUUUGUUGGAGCCUCUCUCAUACCUGUGUAUUUUGGUUUUGUGUUUUCCUGUGAGGUCCCAGGAAAGGAAGUGGACUCCUAAUCGUAGCAGAAAACAUUGAGAAGCCUGUGACUCACAGUGCUUGGGAUAUUAUGACAGCCAACAGUUACUAGAUUUUGUAACACCCUCUGCCCACAUCCCCCCCACCAACCCAUUAAUCUGAUUUAUGGAGUGCCAGGCACUUUUCUUCUUUGUUUUUAACCCUCCCUUUUAGUGUGAAAUAUCAGACAUAAGAGAGUUCAUAAAACACAAUUACAGCUUAACAAAUAUUACAAAAUAAACACUCAUGUAACCAUAACUCCAAGAUUGCGAAUAUGUUCUAGAAGCUUUAUUGGUUUGCUUUUAAUGUUUAGAUUUACAACCCAAUUGCAGUUUAUUUUUGUACAUGGAGUGAGAUAAGGUCAAGGCGAAUUUUUUUUUCCAAAUGAAUAUGUAAUUUCUCAGCAUCACUUACUGAAAAGAUUGUCGCUUCAUCCAGUGCUCUGAAGUGCCUUCUUUUCACUAUUAAAAUUUGAUGUAAAAAUUAACUAUUCAGAGUGCCUGGGUGGCUCCGUUGGUUAAGCAGUUAAGCAUCUGAUGACUCUUGAUUUUAUCUCAGGGUCUUGGGUUGGCAACCCACAUCAGUCUCUGUGCUCAGGGCAGAGUGCCUUGACCCUCUCCUUCUGCCCCUCCUCCCGCUCAUGCUCAUGCACUCUCUCAUUCUCUCUCAAAUAAAUAAAUAAAUAAAAUGUUUAAAGAUAAUAAAAAUAAAAAAUAAAGAUGUAUAAGUAAAAAAAAUAAAAGCCCUACAUUCUCCUCUUUCCUAUUCCUAGCCCUACUUCCUACAGGUAAUAACUAAUAUAAACAAUUUGGGAGGGAGCCUUUGGUAUUUUAUUCCCAAUGCAUAUAAAUUUACAUUGAAUUGUUCUUACAAAAAUUGUAUCAAACUCUUUAUAUUAAAAAUGAUUCAUUUUACAUAA